AUGUCGCUCUCGCUAUACCCUUCUUCGACCGCGUCGUCGUCCAAAAAUGGCCUUCCACCCUCCACAGCCGCCUCGUUCUCCGACCGCCAGAUCCACCUGCCGACCUUCCCCAGUCUCAAAACGAAGGAUCUUCGCUCUGGGCAUCGCUCGUCCGUGCGGUGCGUCAAUUGGUCCAUUGACGGGCGCAAGCUGGCCACCUGUGGUGCGGACCGGUUGAUCCGCGUGUGGGUGCCUGAACGCUCUAUCGACCAUCGCGCAUCGACCGAGCUCCGGGGACACACUGAGUCGGUCGACCAGCUCUGUUGGCAUCCUACCCACCCGGAGGUGCUCGCUAGUGCGAGUGGAGAUCGGUCCGUGCGGUUGUGGGAUGCAAGAACGCGCGGCGAGACAGCGACGGUGGUUACGCCAGGGGCAAAUAUCAACAUUGCCUACCACCCGAACGGCGAGGUCGUAGCCGUGGGGGAUAAGACGGAUACCGUGUCGAUCAUCGAUAUCUCCUCGAACAAGGUUGUUCAUACGGUUUGCUCGAGACGCACCACCCCACCUGCAGGGGAUGGGAGCUGGACCGAGAUGACGAUCAGGGCGAGUGGAGAGGAGAUCAAUGAGCUUUCCUUCUCCCCCGACGGUUCACUACUGCUCCUUUCGAGUGGGAGUGGAAGCGUCCACCUCCAUCAAACAUCCGACUAUAAGAGGGUCCACUCGCAUUCAGCCCAUACAGCAAACGUGUUUUGCAUCCAACACGAACCCCUUUCGCGCUUCGUCGCCACCGCCUCGAGCGACUCCAUGGUGAGUCUUUGGGAUUGUAGGGAAUGGUUCAGCGUCAAGAUGAUUACCAGUCUGGCGUUUCCAGCAAGAGCGAUUGGGUUCAGCUUCGAUGGUGAGCUCCUUGCUGCUGGAGGAGAGGACCCGUUUAUUUCGAUCAAUGCAACGUGUCCGAGUGUGGGACGCGAUGGCGAAGGGGAUACGGUGCACAAGGUGAUGUUGGGACAGGGGAGCAUGAUCAAUACGCUGGCUUGGCAUCCGAGCAAGUACGUGCUGGCAUAUGCGGGCGACGAACAGAAGGAGGUGGGCACGGUAAGGGUGUUCAAUCUGUGA